AUGUCGGAAAUGUACCAGUCAGAUCUUCCAAGUCUCUGGACUCUAGACAUUAGAUAUGACAGGUGGUCAAGAAAAUGGAAAUCAGAAGUAAUCAAACCAGACUCACUUUAACAACGAUCAAGCAAACAGUACUUUGAAGCUUGUCAAAGGAUAUUUACGCACCACCAUGACAACGAAAAGACUGUCAGGCUUGGUUCUGAGGAACAUUCACUACAAAAAGCCCGUUGACUACGAUGCUGUGGUUCAGCUUUUUGCGGAAAGAUACCCCCGAAUAAUGCUUCUUGUUGAUCCCGUCUUUGAUGAAACACAAAAUUGA